AUGACAGUGAGAGAUCCUGGAGCACAUUUAGCUUAGCAACCUAUUCCAACAACUGCAAAAACCACUUCCAGAUUUACUCCACCAACUAUGAUGCCUUUAAGAGAUUUUUCGAUUACUCAAGGAGAUAAUAUUACUGACAAGAGAGCACUAUCUGAACAUGAUGAGUACAAGUUGCAGAUUCAAAGAAACCAACUAACUAAUUUUUUUAUUGUACAUAAAAAUGAGGAAUGGUUCAAGAAUAAAUACCAUCCUGAUGAUAUUAUAAUACAAAAGAAAAAUCGAGCCAUAGCACUUCAAAAACGGUUAGAAGUUUUUAAAGAAUUUUUUGCAAAUGGUAAAAUUGAUUCCGUUAGUGUGGAUGCUGAGAAUCCAGACCCUCUAAUUCGUCUACUUGAUUCAGUUGUAAUAAAACUUGAAGGAGGCACAGAUUUUGAUUUAACAGUGUUAGGUCCUACUGAGACAUCAAAACUCCGAAAUAAACACGAACAUGGAAAAAAUGAAACCAAUAAAAAAACCAAUUUAAUUGAUGGUGAAAAUUCUGAUGGCAUAGUGGAUAUUGACAAAAAAGAUGGCAAUGAAAGAAAUAAAAUAGACAAAUUUGAAGUCAAUAAAGCCGAAGAAGCAAUGGAUAUAGAUAUUGUUCAAAGACAAGAAAUCAACAACAAAACAAAUAAUAAGAACCAAAAUCAUAUUGUAAAACCAAGAGCAUUGCAUCGCACAACUUCAAUAUAUUUACGUAAUAUACCGUAUACAGCAAUCAAAAGUGAUAUAGAAGCAAUUUGUAAGGUUUAUACUGGAUUUAAAAGAAUAUUUAUAGGUGAUCCUAAACCAAAGUAUCUUUGGACUAGACAAGCUUGGGUAACAUAUGAUGGAGAUGUGAAGAUGAAUGACAUUUUUUGGAAAUUAUAUGUUGAAUUGCAUAGCAGUAAUAUGGAUGUUUUUUAUGGUAACAAUGACCCAAAUCACCGCAUACGGCCUGUGAAUGGAAUAAGAGAUCAUUUUCAAAUUGCUUGUAAUGAUAUGAAACUUUGCGUCAGUAUCAUAAACUACUUUGAUAACCGUGCAAGUUUAUGGAAGUCAAUUGAUGGAGAGCAAUCAGCCUUGGAAAAUACUUAUGGUGUUAUAUCACCUAAUCCUGUAUUACAAAACAUCAACGAUUUCGUAAUUGACAAAGCAUCGUCUGAAGACGAAGAGCUUUCAGGCGAAUGCGUUUCUUUUGAACCAGAAGUGUAUGCUGAAAAACAUAUUCAGCUGUUAAAGGCUUUGGAUAGAAUGUUACUUUAUUUACGCAUUGUACAUUCAGUUGACUUUUACGACUAUAAAGAAUAUACAAAUGAAGAUUACAUGCCGAGCAAAUGCCAAACUAUGCAUGCUCGUAAUGCACCAACUCGUUUUCUGCCUACACAGCAAGAAUUAACUGAUUUUUGUCGUUUUUCUCAAGCAAAAGCUAAUUUGUUGAUUGCCUCAACUUAUGAUGCGAGUGAAAAGGAAUUACUUCGGCUUGGAGGUAAAAACGAAGAAGAAGAAAUUGAAAAGUUUAUAACUUCUAAUACACAAGAACUAUUAAAUAACAAUUGGCUAUGCAAUUUGUCGGGAAAAAUAUUCAAAAGUCCCAAAUGUGUGUGUGAUCACAUUAUAAAUAACUACUCUCAUCUACUGGACGAUGUGAAAACAAAUGUGAAAUAUUUCAACAAUUAUCUUCGUGACCUAAAUAGACUACAGCAUUGA